AUGGAGAUGUCCAGUCCAACUGUCCUGCCGUUGGUUGGCCUGGGGUCGAUGGCCCAGACAGCCGGACUUGUGGAGAUUGCUGUCAGGUUGUGCUUGAACCAGCGUAAACAUCUGUGUCCUCAUGUGUGGGUCCCCAUUCUGAAGCCCCUGCGGCCGUGCAUCCGUCCUCCGGUUUCAGAGCAGCCGUCUGCUGACAUCCCAAGCCACCUGAUCUACCCUUUCUCAUCUUUCUUCGAUGACUUGGGCGACGAUGGUGGUGUUCUGAAACCGAUCCGGAACAAGCGUGUUGCGUUUGCAGACUCGCUGGGAUUCUCUCUAGCAGCCGUGCGAGUGUUUUCCGAGGAAGAGGAUCAGUCUGACCUCGGCCCGCUGCCCUCGCUGCAGGGUUUGGGAAGCAUGACGGGGGUCGGCUACAGCUGCACCGUCAGCACCUGCUGCCCAGGAACGCAGCUUAAACUGGGCUUCCCGCAGCCCACUGUCAAUUUUCAGGCCUUUCGCGCCAAACUGGCAGAGAGCAUGGUGACCCUGGAGAACUGCACCAUCACUGAGCAGGCACUCCAGGGCACCGUACGGGUCAGGAACAUCCACUUCCAGAAGGACGUGCGUGUGCGCAUCACCUUUGACUCCUGGCAAAACUUCAGAGACGUCCCCUGCACGUACCUGCAGAAACGCUUCGGGGGCCCUCAGACGGACAUCUUUGAAUUUGAUAUAACCAUUCCCAAAAUCCUCGAUGCCAAGAGGAAGAUAGAGUUCUGCUUACUGUAUCUGCCGGCCGGGCAGAGCCAGCCAUUCUGGGACAAUAACAACGGACAGAAUUACAGCAUCCUGAUAUGUGUGAGCUCGCACCUCUGCCACGGGGAAAAUCUAAGUAAAAGGGCGUAA